CUCCCUCCCUCAUCUGAUCGUCAAGCAAGAGAUGCGGAAGAUCGACGACUUCUCCCUCCACCGUCCCCUGCUGUCUCUGAUCGUGUUGUGAGGCCACCUGAGGAUCGACGACCACCUGUCCCUCCACCUGCUGCUGAGCGUCAAAUCAGGCCUCCUAGUGAUGAUCGCCGUGCACCUGUCCCUCUUCCUGCCAAUAGCGACAGACAGAUGAGACCUCCUGAGGACAGACGGCUGGCGCCGCCGCCUCCUGCUGCUGUAGAUCGACAAUCGAGGCCAGUUGAUGACCGUCGUGCACCUCCUCCAGCAUCAUUGGCGGGAGAUCGCCAGGUAAGGCCAGUCGACGACCGACGCCCUCUUCCUCCUCCGAGCAUAGACAGACGUCCACUUGUUGAUGAUCGACGACCGCUUCCUCCUGUUGAUAGACCAAUGAGGCCUUCUGACGACCGCCGUCCUCCAUCUUCUGAAGACCGUAAUGCACGUGGCCCCACAGGUCCGCCGCCUGUUAUGUCUCGUCCUCCUGUUGAAGACCGUAGCAUUCGUCCUCCACCAAGCAAGGAUGAUCUGAGUACCCGUCCGCCUGCUUUGCUGGAGGAGCGCAUCGGCCGUGCACCGCCUUCUCGUCUGACGGAAAAAUAUCCAAGUGAAGAGCGUGGUUACGGAAGAGAUUUGGAACGUGGAAGGUACCCGCCUGUGGAUGCUCCUCCGUCAACCUAUUCCCGAGUGAGACCUCGCAGCCCGAGCCCACCCCCGAGAAGGUCUGGCCCCGUUGAUGACUUGCGCCCGCCCAUGAAACGUGCUCGUGACGAUUAUGGACCUGAAUACUUCACACCUGCGCCGCCUGUUAGUGACACUCGCGCUCCGCCUCCUGCAGACUACCCUCCGCGUGUUCGCUCGCCGGUGGCAAGCGGCUCAGCGUACUAUGAUUCUCGGGCGCCUCCUGCGUAUGGCAGUAGCCCUGGCGGCUUGCCUCGUGAACGAGAUUACCCAGAUGCGAGAGACCGUCCUGAAUAUCCAGCUUAUGAUAGACGAGUGCCGACGGCGCGGCGCAGUGCUUCGCCGUAUCCGCGGUACCCCCGGGACGACAGAAGAUACGGUGUUCACCCUCGUGGUUGAAUGAAGUGAGUUGUCUGGUUUUUCCGCCGUUGAGGGAGUGGCUCAUCAGGGACGUUGGUUGAGCAGUCUAAAGGACGAUCUGCAAAAUAUCUAUCGGAUGUCGAUUUGUGCUCGAUUUCUCUAUUUGGCGCGCAAUGCGCCUUGCGACUUGGAUCGGAACGUCAAUAUGCCUCUCAUGUCUAAAAC